AUGUCCACUGAAAUCAAAUCCACAUUUGACCCAAACGAUUACACUUACACUAUCGGAGGAGCAGAGCAACCACAAACAGUUGACCAAGAAAAGUUCGACUUGAUGAGGAUGCAACUUGAGGAAGAGAUCAACGAACUGAAAGACAAAGUGAAGAAGUACGAGGAAGGCUAUCUUCAAAGUAAAGGACUUCCAAAGGAAUUUGACUCUUUGGUCAACUACUUCCCACCUCGAGGAGAACAAUUCUGUUUUGGGAAAAUUGAGCGGUCAAGCGCCGUUGAUGGGAAGUUCACCGUCAACUUUUCAACCAAUUUUAGUGUAGUACCCAAGAUAAUGGUCUGCACUUUGUUUCCUAAGGUGAACAAAAUCAAUGCAAAUAAUAUCACGGCCACCGAGUCUGGAUUUGAUAUGAAAGUUGAAGGGUUACCCGUCCUCGAACACGGGUCUUUCUAUUUCUGGAUGGCUUACUGUCCGAUGAUACCGAAGUCGGAGAAGUUAACACAAAUCGUUGAGAAACUCAAAGGUGUCAAAGUCAUGAGCGAGAAAGAAGCUGAGUCGCAGAUAUCUAAGUACAUAAAGAAGUUUGGGGUGAACGACGAAGAUGUCAAUGGAAGAACAUUCUUGUACUAUGCGUGUGAAAAGGGAUAUAAGAACCUUGUCGAGUUCUUAAUCCAAAAGGGCGCCAACGUCAAUUGCUGUGAUGAAAAUAGAUACUCUCCACUCCACAAAGCAUUGUCUGUUGAGAAGAUUGACCCCGCAAUUGUCAAUUUGUUAUUAGAUCACGGCGCAGACAGAGCAUUGAAGAACGAAAGAAUGAACACCCCACUCCACUACUUGUGCAGAGUGAAGAAUUUGAAGGACUAUUUUUCUAUACUCCAAGCUAUUGUUAACAAGGGGUCGGCAGAAGAUACUACUAAUUUCAUUAACAUCGCUAAUUCCUCCGGCGAGACGGUGCUGAAUAUCAUUUGCUCAAAUUCAAUGGACUUGGAAUCCAUCAAAUUCCUUUGUGAAAAAGGCGCUGAUGCCAACCACCAAGCGAACAACGAGACAUUCCCAUUAUAUAAUGCAGUGAUGAAAGGGAAUACCGAGUUGAUUGACUUGUUACUGAAAUACGGAGCGUCUGUUGGACAAACUUAUAAGGGGAAACCCCUCUCCGAUGUUGCUGCUGAGAAGGGACAAAUGGAGAAACUUGUAAAUAUCAUUAAGGAGAGAUACAGCGAUGGAGUAUUGUCUGAUGAAACAAUUACAAAGGUCGGAUCAAGCUUCUUGAAUAUCCCAUUCCCAGUGGAGAGAUGGACAGAUAGUGUGAUGAAGACUAUGCCAUUACUUGUUGACAUGGAGACUCUCCCACUUGGAUCUAAAGUUGAGAAUUUCUACACCUGUACCACACACAAAUAUGAAGGGCUACUUGUUAAAGGUGUCCACGACCCACAGUCAUGCAUUCCUUAUUAUCAGAAGAACUUUACUGCUAAUGACCAUAAUAAUUAUGUCAUCAAAACUGAUAACGAUGUGACUGUGUUCUCCAUCAGUGAUGAGAAAACUAACAGAAAGGUUAUUAUGAGGAACAAACGAAGUGACACCAGACUCGUCUAUGAGAACAAAAGUGACUAUCAAAUCAUAAAAGAGUACUUCCCCGAACUUAAGGAAAAGGCGUUGACGCCAAUGAGAGGGGAUGCCGUCUUUAAUUCUCUUGUGAAGUUUGAGAACUUUUUCACAUAUCAAAGAUACAAAUUCGGCGUUUUGUAUGGGUCUCCAGGACAGACGAAAGAAAUGGACUUCUUUAACAAUAGAGAAGGGUCGUCAUACUUUGAACACUUUUUGUCGAACCUUGGCCAAAAGGUGGAACUAUUCGGGUACACUGGAUUUGCGGGUGGACUUGAUACGAAAAAUCGAUUGAUGGGGGAGUACACCUAUGUCAACACAUUUUCAAAGGGAAAUGUCCAGGUGGUGUACCACAUUGCGCCGUAUUUGCCAUUUAUGGAGACCAACGACCAACAACUUGAUAAGAAAAGACAUAUCGGAAAUGAUGUUGUUGUACUUAUUUUUAAGGAGUAUGCAGGAACUCCAGACCCUAUUGAUAUCGAAAGCUUUAAGACACAAUUCAACCAUUGCUUUGUCAUCGUGGGGUUCGACACCACUCAGAAGAAUCCACCAGAGAAGUAUGAAUAUUCUGUCAAUAUUUGUUGCAAGAAGGAUGUGGCACCAGUAGCACCAUUUAUCACUUCAGAUAAGUACAUCCAUGGUGAUGGCUUCUCAAAGUUUAUUGUCUCAAAAUUGAUCAACGCAGAAAGGGCUGCUCAGGACUCUCCGACAUUCAGAGCUAAACGUCUUGCAAUCAGACAAAAUCAACUCGAAGCUAUUGCUUCAAUUGCGGCAAAGAAGUAA